AUGAUCACCAUCGACGCUCUCUGCUUCCCUCACAUCAUCGAUAGUGUACUGUUUCAUCUCCACUUCGACGCACAGUAUGCGACCCUCGCAAGCUUUCGUCUCACUUGCUCUGCGUUGAAGCAUGUUAUCGAUUCCCGCCUUCCUCUUCACAAAGCGGUCGCCUAUGAAGCCACCAACAAUGCACUUUCUCCAGGAAGCCAUGAACAUCAACAACACUUCCAUCUUUAUUGCGAAACUCGGCUGUGGAACGCCUACACAGACCGUCGUUCAACCAACCGGAUCUUAGAAGUGGUCGAUGUUACCAUCAUGGCUGCAGCAUCCAGGUGUGGUCCUAAUUUCCAGCUCGGCCCCGUGCCAGUCGUGCGCAUCUUCGACUACCCUGGCGGGCCGAUUCCUUCCGCCACCAAAACAGUCAUCAUCUUUCCAUCUUCUUCGCACUUCGCAGUGCCUGCAGCUUCUACCCGCUACGUCGAACUCUCUUCAACGGCGUCUCGCAUAGUCAUCAACAUGCCCUAUGAAAGCAAAGGGGGACCGCACGAUAGACCACCCGACUUCAACUUUGGCUACGCAGCUGCCAAAGCGCAUGACGAUGACCGCGGUCUCAAAAACAUUGUUCAGCAGCCCCAACAGCUUGUCUUGAUGUUCUCUAACUCGUCUUGUGGUGAUCUCGCCGAGCCCGGUCGAUACCUCAAAGAUUGGAUGUUUUCACUUGCCAAGGUUUUGUGUCACAACCCGUCCUUGGAGGUGAUCUUGCUGGCGGAUAAUUGGAACUGGGUCUGGUUUUGUGAAGACGAUGACCCUGAGUGGGGCGACUACCACGGCCUGAUGGAAUACGAGGAUGGCCCCCAGCGCUUGAACGUCGCCUGGCGAGCACUCUUCUUUCGAUAUCUCAUCCAUACUCCGGCCAUCUAUGACCCAGAAUCGUCAGCCUCGCGCAUCUGGGUUUUGACGAUGGCCGAGUACGCAGCCGAGAUCGGCCACAGCUUGUUCGAGUUGAUGCUGAUUGACUAG